AUGACGGGACUCCGGGCGUCGCCAUCGUCAGGACGGCCCCUCCUCCGCCCAGCGGUUGCAGCAGACGUGGAACCCAUUAGGGACCUCGUCGACGCGGCCUACUCGCACUAUAUCGCACGGCUCGGCAAGGAGCCCGGCCCGAUGCUGGAGGACUACGGCGCGCUGGUGACGCAGGGCAAAGUGACGGUGUGCACGUCGGGGCAGCCGGUUGCGGCAGCGGCGUCGGCAAGCGGGCGUGGGGACGAGGAGGAGCAGAAUCACGAUCGGGAGAUCCUCGGCUUGCUCGUCCUCGUGCCGCAGACGGCGGAGGGAGCGAUGCUGCUGGACAACGUAGCGGUCGCGCCACGGGCGCAGGGCCAGGGCGUGGGCAAGCUGCUCAUGUCGUUUGCCGAGGACCGCGCUCGUCAGGAGGGUCUCUCGGCGGUCAAACUCUACACGCACGUCCUCAUGACUGAGAACAUUUCCCUGUACGGCCGGCUCGGGUACCGCGAGACAGGGCGGGUCUCAGAGAAGGGCUUUGAUCGUGUGUACAUGGAGAAGAAGUUGUGGUGA